AUGGCAUUUGUUUUCCACAAAUCGACCCUCGUCGUCGCCUUGUUCGCAGCAAGCGCCGGCUUCUUUGCACCCACCUCCGUCGUCGCUACGGACGCGACGAUGUACUUUGAUUGCUGCAAGCCGAGUGGCAGUUGGCCACGCAAGGCCCCUGUAUACAACCCCGUUAUUACGUGUCUCGCCGACGGCAAGACCAUCGUAACCGGACCCAAGCGAGACCAACCCAACUCCUCCGGAUGCGGUGGCGGCUAUGAAUUUCAGUGUAGCUGCCAGCAACCCUGGACGGACGCGGUCAACCCUGAAGUGGGCUACGGGUUUGCUGCCAUGACAAGCGCCACCGAGUCUGAGAACGAGUGCGCCUGCUUCGUCGCCGAGUUCUCCGGAUCCAAAGCGGGCAAAGUCAAUACGCUCUUCUACCAAGUCAUCAACGAUGGUGUUGACGUCACCAGCGAUGGUCUCGACAUCCUUGUUCCUGGUAUGGGCAUCGGCGCUAUGAACGAAGGCUGCAAGAACCAGUGGCCCAACAGCGACAUCUCCAGGUGGGGCAAGCAGUACGGCGGUCUCGACCAUGACGCUGCUGGAUGCGCCAACCUGCCCAAGGACCUCCAGCAUGGUUGCAUGUGGCGGAUGACCGACUGGGGUGACUCGGUUACUAUGAAGGCCAAGCCUAAGCGUGUGAGAUGCUCCAAGGCUCACAUCGACCGCACUGGUUGCCAGAGGAAAGAUGAGCCGGCUGCUACCUUCCAGGGUCACUACGACGCCUCGCACAAUGGUCCUGCCCCCGAUGGUUACACUCCCAACUCAGCUGUCUGCGGUAUAGGAGGCAGUGGUAGCUCGCAGCGUUCGGCUGAUCAGCCCUUUGUCGCCAGGCGUCACCAUUUGAGCAAUUCGGCGGUCCACAAGGAUGCUUCAGAUGUCAGUGUUUGCAAAGCCUGA